AAUUAAAAGAGUUGGAAGUAAAAUUGAAUGAAUUAACCAGCCAACUACCUAACCUUCCCGCUCUUGAUACUCCGACCAAUGAGGAGGGUAAUAAAAUUAUUGAUAAUACCGAAUAUCAACACAAUAUCCAGCACAAUUUAACCCAUGAGACAAUAUUAAAAAAAUUGAGGUUAAUUGACGAAGAAAAAAGCAUUCUUCUUUCCGGUAGCAAGUUUACUGUUUACCAAGGAUUAGGGAGUCAAUUAUUACAUGCUCUGAUUAAUUUCAUGAGGUCGGAGAAUAGCAGACGUGGUUAUCGUUUAUUUGAUACCCCUUAUUUAGUAAACGCCCAUAAUCUCUAUAAUACCGGACAAUUUCACAAAUUUCAGGAUAAUCUUUAUAAGUUAGAAGAGAGUAAUUUUUAUCUGCUUCCCACGGCCGAAGUAAGUUUAAUUAAUCUUUAUCAAAACCAGAUAUUAAUCGAGGAGGAUUUGCCUUUAAAUUUAUGUGCGUAUAGUCCCUGUUUUCGGGCCGAAAGAAUGGCCGCCGGGCAGGAAAAUAAAGGGUUAAUUCGGCUCCACCAAUUUCAUAAAGUCGAGUUAGUGAAAAUAGUUAAACCGGAAAAUUCUUAUCAGGAAUUAGAAAAAUUGCUGGCUGAUGCCCGCAAUAUUCUCCACUUGCUAAAAAUUCCUCACCGGGUAAUUGAACUUUGCCACGAGGAAUUGGGAUUUACGGCCGCUAAAACUUAUGAUAUUGAAGUUUGA